AUGAUUAUUGAACUUACAAAAGAGUAGUUGGCCUAUAUUAAAACUAGAUUGCCAUUUGAUUACUAUUUAAUGAGAAAAGGUGAAUAAAGAUAAGAUAGUGAUGGCCUUAAUCCAAUCCAAGAUGAAGAAAGAAAUAAAUGCGUAAAAAUCCUUGAUGAUUUAAAAAGAACAGACUAAUAUAAGUAACUGACAAAUAAGGAGAUGACAAUUACAUUCAAUAAAUAAUUUACAAGGUAAUUCAUGAAAAAUGAUGAAUAAUAUAAAAAAAUGAAAAAUGAAUAAUUAGUCAAAAUGACAAACAUCAUAGCCAGAUUUUAUAAAGAUCUAACCUCAUUAUUUAGCAGAAGUAAAAUUUUAUCGACACAUUCAGAAUCUAUGAAAUUAGUUGAGGAACUAGAAUAAAAAUUUAAAAUUUUAUUUGAACCACUCUAGAAAAAAUGUUAAGAGUAGAUGCAAAAACAUUUACAACAAUUAUUGAAUGGAGAAAUCAAAAACAAAAUUGUUAUCAAACAUAAACAACCUUAAAGUGAUUAGGAAAAGAAGGAUUUGUAUGAAAAAUUAAGCAAGCUCUCUGCAAGUUCAUUAAGAUAAAUCUUAAAAUAUUUAAAUGUAAAGACUUAAGGAGAAUAUCAAUUUGAUAUAGAAAAAUUAGACACUAAGAUCAGAAAGAAAAGCUCUAACCAAACAGCUAUAAAAAUAUUGUAGAGAGCAAAAUAUUGA